UUGUGGGAUUGCACCAUCACAGAAUCAAACUUCGACAAAUAUCAUCCUGGUUAUUUUGGUAAGGUGGGCAUGAGACACUACCACUUGAAGAGGAACACUCUCUUCUGCCCCACCAUUAACCUGGACAAGCUGUGGACGCUGGUCAGCGAGCAGACGAGGGUCAACUACAGCAAGAAGCCGGACGGUCCCGCGCCCAUCAUCGACGUCGUGCGUGCUGGCUACUUCAAAGUGUUGGGAAAAGGCAAGCUGCCCAAGCAGCCGGUGAUUGUGAAGGCCAAGUUCUUCAGCAGACGGGCAGAGGAGAAGAUCAAGGGUGUUGGAGGAGCGUGUGUGCUCACCGCUUAAACCCCUUUUGCUAAAUAAAAUAUCUGAAAAACUAA